GUUGUGCGAUAAGUACACAACGAAAAAUGGACCUAAUAGAGGAAGAACGUUCUUCAAAUGCCCAAGGCAUAAUGAAUAUUUUAUGUGGGUAGAUGAAUUUCGCUUAUGUGAUUGUGGCGAGGGACAGUGCAAGGUACGCGUCGCGAAGACAGCAACGAACUUAGGUCGUCGUUUCUGGUGUUGUCCUAAAUCCAAUGGGCCCCUUGAUCGAGGUUGCAAAUUUUUUCGAUGGAUUUAUGGAGACAUCAAUUUGACAAGUGCACAGUCUUCCGAUUGUGGAACAAGCAAUUCAAUGGUUGGAGCUCAGCCUUCUCCAUCAGCACCUUCCUCUGAUUUUGUGAAAGGUUAUUUGGAAAGAGCAAUCAAAGGUGAAGAGGAGAAGUCUAGAGUACUGAAAAACGAAAUGGAUGUGUCUGAGGAAAAGCGAAGGAUAUAUACCGAUAUCCUAGAGGCCAUUAAUAACAUAGACAUAAAUAAAGGUGGUAGUUAGAGGGUAAUGACCAACUAUUGGAAACUUGUAAGACAUAUGGCAUAAACAUGGGAAUAUUUGCAUUUUAAUCUA